AUGAAGUUGAUUGAUUUUGGCCUUUCCGAUUUUGUUAAACCAGGUAUUUUACAGAUUUUUGCUAAGUAUCACCCUACAAGAGUUCUCACAAUUGUGUAUCAACCAUUUGCACUUGUAACAAUUGCCAUAUUUACAUACCAUGAAGCAAAAGUUAACACUAGGCUGCGCAACUUAACUGGUUAUAUCUUGUUUUCCUAUUUUAGAUUGAAAUUUUCAGCACUGAAAGGUUCCAUACAGUUGGACGUUGCUACAUCUGGAAAAGGAGGGAUUGGAGUUUAUAUUGGUAUAUGCGUUAUAAGUGCAGCGUUUGGUCUCUCUGAUGCUUUGGUUGAGGGGGGAAUUGUGGGUGACUUGUCCAUGAUGUCCCCAGAAUUCCUUCAGUUUAAGCUGCUAGCAUCAAACGGAGAAAGUCACAUAUCGUUCGACAACUUUCGAAUGGCCCUAUUACAAAAUGCAACCGAGUCAAUGAAGGAGAGUAAGGUUAUUGAUAUCUUAAAUGUGGCAAGGCAUCCAUUCCUGCUGCCAUUUUUUUUGCAGUUGCUAAGUUUCUUUUGUAUGCCUCCACCAUUACCAUUACUACAGAAUUUAUAUGCUGCAGUUGUGAACAGAAUUUUCUGA